AUCAAAAGCCAACGCUGCGAAUGUGUAAUAUGGAUUCCACUCGAAAUCACUCAAAUCCUCAAAACACAAACUGCUGUUCCGAUUCCAUUUGUUUCUAUGCUUUGCUGUUUAGGCAUUCAAUUCGCCUGCUCGUUCGCACACACAGCGAAAGCAUUAAAACAUGUUGUUGUUCCAGUCACACUUAUAAGGCAAGGCAAACAAAACAAAACGAAAAGAAAACAAAGCAGAAAAACAUGUUUUGCUCUCGCACUUGCCGUAGUUGGUGUGUGAGUGAAGUUGUUGCAACAUGGAUCUGGACGCGGAACAAUUAAUCUUUUUGAUUGAGUCAAGAAAACCCAUAUAUAAUUACAAAAGCAAGGAUCAUGCAAAUAAAGAAAUAACCGACAAGCUAUGGCGACAAAUCGCAAAGGAAAUGAAUUGUGAAGUAUCCGAUUGUAAAAGUAAAUGGACUGUUUUACGUAAUUCGUAUGCCAGAUAUUUGCGAGAUGAGCGACAUGGCUUGAGACUGAACUUGAGUGGAAGGCGAAAAAAGAAAUGGUAUUUAGCUGAUUCUAUGGCUUUCCUAAAGGACUAUGUGCAUCAACAGCAUCCCGUUGCCGCCUUGGAUAGCCAAGAUACAAGUAGCAUAAGUUCUGAAUCAAAAAUGCGCUCAUCCAGAACAUUCGCAGUGUCAACUAAAAAGAUCAAGACGGAAAUGGUUAAAUCAUCGAGUGAAUCCUUUCAGCCAAUGGCAAAGGAAACAACAACGGAGUCUUCCAGUGGUUUGUUUUUCAAAAGUCUAUUGAUGGACUACGAUCAAUUAAGUAGUAAACAGCAACGUUCGUUUAGAUUAGCAAUGUUGACAAAAAUGAACGAGUUGCAAGAGGAGGCUGAGAAUGAAACUGAAGUUGAUUGGCAGGAUUGAAUGAAAGUAUUAGAGCUUUGUAAAAGUGGAGUUUGUUAUAAUGUGAAGUUUCAAUUUUCUUAUCAUACA